AUGCAAUACUGCCAAUAUGAUCAUGCCAUGUUUGCUAUUGACUGGUAUGAUCAUGCCAUGUUUGCUAUUGACUGGUAUGAUCAUGCCAUGUUUGCUAUUGACUGGUAUGAUCAUGCCAUGUUUGCUAUUGACUGGUAUGAUCAUGCCAUGUUUGCUAUUGACUGGUAUGAUCAUGCCAUGUUUGCUAUUGACUGGUAUGAUCAUGCCAUGUUUGCUAUUGACUGGUAUGAUCAUGCCAUGUUUACUAUUGACUGGUAUGAUCAUGCCAUGUUUGCUAUUGACUGGUAUGAUCAUGCCAUGUUCUUUAUUGACCUGUAUGAUCAUACCAUGUUUGCUCUCUACCGGUAUGAUAGUGGCAUGUUUGCCAUUGACUGGUAUUAUCAGGCUGUGCUUGCUGAUGAUUGA